AAACAAAAUUAACCAGUGUAUAAGUUUCCACACGGACAGCUUUUCUUAACGCAAACUUUAAUUUUGUUUUCCAUUCCAUCUGGAUGCAGUUGAUAAAAAUGCAGAACCUCACAGCUCAAAUAAACCUCCGAAUGGCUUGGUGCUGCAAUGGUGUAAAGGCCGGCAGCGAAUUCCAGCGAUUAAUUUUGGCUACUCGGUUGCUUAUUUUAGUGGAGGGUGCUGGAUUUGGGAGGAGAAAUCUCUCUUUGUGCCCCCUCGACAGAGCAGCUUUGAGUAAUGUGCCCGUGGGACUGGCUGGCUGAUAGCAGCGCCGCAUCACGUGUCGGACCAGGGCAUGGGUUGACCUCCCGGCUUCGCCUUGUUCCUCUGUCACCUCAUCCGCGGGCGGGCUGGCUGGCUGGCUGCAACCACACGAGAGCCGAUGGGAGCAUGGAAAUGAACACUGAAGAACAAGUUUCUAAUUCCAGGGGUCAUUAUCCCAAGGAAGUUGUGAAGAAAAGGCCGGGGAAUGUGAGUCGAGAGUCGAGAGGGAGCACUUCAUCCCGGUCCUCCAGGAAAAGCUUCAGAUUGGACUACCGUUUGGAAGAGGAUGUUACAAAAUCCAAGAAAGGCAAAGAUGGCAGAUUUAUCAAUCCGUGGCCAACAUGGAACGCUCUUGCUCUCAGCAAAGUGUUGAAAUUUGCUGUGAUGGAAAAGGACCACACAAACAUCCCAAGUUCAAAAAUGGAACUUGAUGAAGGAUUGCCAAUAAAAGAACCAUACUUUGUCAAAAACCCAGAACUGGUAGGUGAUGUAAGCAAUGGAAUCCGAGUGACAUGGUUGGGACAUGCAUCGCUGAUGGUGGAAAUGGAAGGGCUCACUUUUCUGACGGAUCCCAUGUUCAGCCAACGAGCCUCCCCGGUGCAGUUCUGUGGGCCAAAGCGGUUCCGAAACCCACCCUGUACAGUGGCUCAGUUGCCCAAGAUAGAUGCUGUGCUUAUUAGUCACAACCAUUACGAUCAUUUGGAUUACAACACUGUGCUUAGUCUUAAUCAGCGAUUUGGCAGUGACCUGAGGUGGUUUGUACCAUUGGGUCUCUUAGGCUGGAUGCAGAAUUGCGGCUGUGAGAAUGUUAUCGAGUUAGACUGGUGGGAAGAAAACUGCGUCCCUGGGCACGAUGAGGUUACAUUUGUCUUUACACCUGUUCAGCACUGGAGCAAACGAACUGUGACAGAUGACAACAAAGCACUGUGGGGCAGUUGGUGUGUCCUUGGACCCUGGAACAGAUUUUUUUUUGCUGGAGAUACCGGUUAUUGCGUGGCCUUUGAACAAAUAGGGAAACGAUACGGACCAUUUGACCUUGCUGCUAUUCCUAUUGGUGCCUACGAGCCAAGAUGGUUUAUGAAGUAUAACCACGUGAAUCCAGAAGAGGCUGUGAGGAUCCACAUAGAUGUUCAGUCAAAGAGGUCUAUAGGAAUACAUUGGGGAACAUUUGCUUUAGCCAAUGAGUACUACUUAGAACCACGAAGAAAACUUGAAGAAGCUCGAGAAAGAUAUGGAUUGAAAUCGGAGGAUUUCUUUGUUUUGAAUCAUGGAGAAUCAACAAAUUUGAUUGAGAACAAAGGUUUUCAAUGAUAAACAAACAAUGUGUGGUUGUUUCACACAACAGGUUGUAUCUGAUACAUCUGACGCUCAUUGUCUUUAAUUUUGGGUUGAAGUACUAUUAGUUUAUUAAAUGUUACAUUUUAUUUAUCCUACUAAAUGUGCUCUAAAUAUAAACAUUGCAUACACUUGCUUUCUCCCCACUCGCAUUAAAUCAUCAGUUAAAGCUUUGAACAUCAGAAACUGUUUCUACACAAGUAAAAACAUAAUUACAUAAUUAAAACCGUUAUUUUCAGUUUUGUGUUAGUUAAUCUAAGCCCGUAUAAUGUUUAUUUUAUCAAAUAGCCAUCACAUAGCAUUUUAUUGAUAGGAGCUUUAUGAAUUUUGCAAGUGUUAGUUGCCUUAAGAGAAUCUGUGGUUGUCCUCAAUUCCAGAAAUACUGCACCUGAUACUUGCACGUUUGCCAAAAUAAUUCAAGAUUGCACAGUUAAAUGUGUAUUUUGAGUAUGUUAAAAAUACAUAAACAUUACAGUAAUUAAAUACUGUAUAUAAGCAGUUAUCUCAAUGCAACUUGUGUUGUGACCUUGAUUUUUAAAUGGAAGGUUGACCUUAAGCCAUGUGCCUUUUGAAUCAACACCACGGCUGCACUGGUGCCUGGUGGUGCACAAAGAUAUCAGUGUUUCUUUCCAGAGUGAAUGGGCCUAUGGGCCUGAACUAUGAGAUUAGUUUGUAUUGUGAAGCUAAAAUAUGUUACAGAACCAGAGUAGAAUCCAGGAUUGAAGGCAGAAAUAACAUUUCUGGUGUUUGUAAUCUCCUACGCAACUGUUUCAAAUAUACUUUGCUGUAAUGGUGACUUUCUCAUUUAUUAAUUAACCCUCUACUUUGCGUUCCUGGCUAUUUUACAAAUAACAGUUCUCCACUCAGGAAAUAUUUUAUUUUAGGAAGCACAAGAGAUUGCAGAUGCUAGUAACUGGAACAAAAAAUAAACUGAUACAGAGAAACAUUGACUAUUCCUCACUUCCACAGAUACUGCCUCGCUACUGAGUUCCUCUAGCAAUUUGUUUUUUUGUUAGGGGAUAUUUGAACUGUUUCCAAUCAACUCUAGAGGUGCGCAGGUCACUUUAAAAAUAGUAGUACCUACACCUUGGAUUUAUUUUCCUAUGUAAAAAUCUAUUGCCUUUGUUGAUUAAAUCUGUGCAUCGGUACUCAUGUGGAGCCUACUUCAGUUUUCAUAAAUAUUGGAUAGAAAUGUAAAAUGUUAAUACAUGUAAAUAUGUGAUAAAAUGUAAGAUUUAGAAAAAUAAGUCAAUCUCCCAGAUGCAUUGUUCAGGUAAAAAUUAAAAGUUAUCUCUGAUUCUGA